CAGCCCACUCUAACAAAGGUUUUGCAUUUCCUCGUAAGCUAGGCGUCGUUGUUCCCUGCCGAGCGAGCGAACCGGAGCAGCGCCGCCGUCGGGGAGGGAGCCCGCCGGUCCCAGGAUGAGGGGCCUGACCCGCGCGGCGAAGCGCGCCGGCGAGAUGGCCUUCAACGCCGGCGGAGGUACCGUCAACUGGUUCCCGGGUCACAUGGCCGCCGCCUCCCGCGCCAUCCGGGACCGCCUCAAGCUCGCCGACCUCGUCAUCGAGGUCCGCGACGCACGCAUUCCAUUAUCCUCAGCAAAUGAAGACCUUCAACCAGUGCUUUCAGCUAAAAGGCGUAUUCUUGCUCUAAGCAAGAAGGAUCUAGCGAACCCCAAUAUAAUGAAUAGGUGGCUUAAUCAUUUUGAAUCAUGCAAGAAGGAUUGUAUUUCAAUAAAUGCACAUAGCAGCAGUUCUGUUAAUCAGCUUCUUGGGCUUGCUGAACUGAAACUAAAGGAAGCAAUCUUGAAAGAGCCUACACUUCUUAUUAUGGUUGUUGGUGUCCCUAAUGUUGGCAAGUCUGCGCUCAUAAAUUCCAUUCACAGAAUUGCUAAUUCUCGAUUUCCAGUGAACGACAAAAUCAAGCGGGCUACAGUGGGGCCACUGCCAGGUGUCACUCAAGAUAUUGCAGGAUAUAAGAUUGCAAGUCAGCCAAGUAUUUAUGUGCUUGAUACACCUGGUGUUCUUGUGCCAAGCAUACCAGAUAUGGAGACAGGUCUAAAGCUUGCUUUAACAGGGGCUGUUAAAGACUCGGUAGUCGGAGAAGAACGUAUAGCAAAAUAUUUACUAUCUAUUCUUAAUAUUAGAAAAACACCCCUACACUGGGAGCGGUUGCUGCACAGGAGAGAAGAGUUGCAUGAAGAAAUAUGCAGCCUUAAUGAAAAUGACUCUAGGGAUUCACUAAGGAGGAGACGUGUGAAUAACUCUGAUGCAGUAUACGUUCAGGAUUUAGUGAUGGAGGUCCAGAGGACGCUAUGCAGUACAUUCCUGGACUUCACUGGCAACACCGAGGAAGAGAGCGAACUGGAAAGCCUCAUAGACAUGCAGCUCAUGGCUCUUCGCAAGGUGUUCAGGAUACCUCACAAACCAUUUGAUGAGACCCAGGGCCCUACCUCGAAGAAGCUGCUGACCCUCUUCAGGUCAGGGAAGCUUGGUCCGUUCAUCCUCGACGACCUUCCGGAUGAGCAGUAAAUGCAAAAGUUAAUCUGCCUAUACGAGUCCUUCCUUUUUCUCUGUGCAGCUGCUGUUCUGUGAUGGAAGGAAUUGGUACCAGCUGUACGGUAGAUGGCAUCCUGCAGUGAGCAACCUGUGAAGCAAAAUCUCAAGUAGCCAAGAGCUGUUGAAUGCUGAUGUGUGCUAUCCUUGGUAUGCAGGGUACCCUUUUUCAGAUGAUAGGACCUUAGGUCUUGUUAAUAGCAGGAUAUGUUUCUCAGUCUCCCUAGUUGGCUAUUGGCAUAGACAGAACGUGGCUUGCACCCUGAUUCAGAAUUGAAAUGCUGGGCCUUUGAUAGUACAUUUUCUGGUUAGUACUUGUAAUGGUGGCUGUUGCUUCGGAAAUCAGAAUGCGGAUGCUGCCGUUUGUGAGGGAGGCCUGCUCAUGUGGGGCUGCCCGUCCUUGGACACCAAAAGAUUGAAUUUGUAUUGAACGUUAGGAACUCCGGCUUUCAAUGCGUGUGGGAUAUUGUUGAACGAGGGAGAAACGAUAGAGACGAAGGAGAAUUGAGCCAACUCAACAAUCA